AUGUCUUCUCCUCUCCCCAUCACAACAACAAGAAGAACACAACAGCCGAGGCCAUUGAGCUCCUCGCCGGCACCCUCCCCAGCUUCCGCUUCACCCUACGGGCUUAGACCAACCCGGAAGAUGUCAAUCGCGCAAACCUACUUCCUUGCACACAAGGCCCGGGCCAAGCUCUCCUCGGAGGCUUCCCGGCCCGACCAUAACCUCCGCCUCCUGGUCGGGCACGCCAACCUGCUUGACUCGCUGAUGCUGGAGCUCGCCGACGCCGAGAGGGAACAAGAAUCAUGGUUCAACCAAUCGGUCCGCGGCGCUUCGCCCGCGACCGAGGAGCGGCACAUCCAGUGGGCCGACACAAUCGUCGAGGAGCCCGAGCAAGAUUGGCAGGCCGAGGACGCCGAGUCCGACUCUGACGACUCGGAUUCAGAAAUGGACUUUGACGAGGAGGACGAGGACCUCGACAUGGCCGAUGCCGUUCCCUUGAGGAGGAUACCUUCACAUGGCCUGCUGCCUCCAACAGCGACCACAACCAAGGUUUACGGCUACGACGAUGACUACGAUAUGGACGAUGAGGAGGACUACGAGCACCUUGCGUUACAACGAAGCCCGUCGCACUCGGCGUCGGUGCUUGACUCGCCGCCCGAGCUGGAAGACGAUUCGGAUGGCUCUACAGAAGACGAGCCGAUGCCCCCAUCACCGCCUACAACACUCCUGCCGGCAUUUGAGGAGAAGCAGAUGGGGAGCAGUGCAACAAAAACAGCCACAGCAGACUUGGAAGACAAGACAGCCUUCUAUGAAGAGGGAUUCUACCUCCCACCACGAAAUCCGGCAAGACUGCUUCCCGGGAUAUCAGUCUUCUAG